AUGCAUAGGACCUCUGCCGGCGCUGGCAACACCAUAAAAGUGGUCGCGCGCUUUCGACCUCCAAACAAAGCAGAGCUCGCUGCCAGCGGGGCCGAUUCAGUGGUUACUUUCGACUCGGAAGAAACGUGCUCUAUUAAUUCGUCGGAGGCCUCAGGCGACUUCACAUUCGAUCGAGUAUUCGACACUAGCUCCCGUCAGACUGACAUAUUUGAUUAUUCUAUAAGAUCAACCGUCGACGACAUCCUCAAUGGAUACAACGGUACAGUCUUUGCCUACGGGCAGACGGGGGCUGGGAAAUCAUAUACGAUGAUGGGAACGGACAUUGAUGAUGAAGAGCAAUGCGGAAUUAUACCCAGAAUCGUCCAACAAAUGUUUGCCAGCAUCCUGAGAAGCCCAGAAAAUAUAGAAUAUACCGUCAGAGUUAGUUAUAUGGAGAUCUACAUGGAAAGAAUUCGAGAUCUGUUGGUGCCGCAAAAUGACAAUCUACCAGUACAUGAAGAGAAGAGUAGAGGGGUCUACGUGAAGGGUUUGUUGGAGGUAUACGUCUCUAGCGUACAAGAGGUCUUCGAAGUCAUGAGAAGGGGCGGACUAGCCCGCGCUACAGCAGCUACAAACAUGAACCAAGAAUCCUCACGGUCACACUCGAUUUUCGUAGUCACUAUCACUCAGAAGAACGUGGAGACGGGCUCGGCCAAAAGUGGACAGCUCUUUCUGGUCGAUCUGGCAGGCAGCGAGAAGGUUGGAAAGACUGGAGCCAGCGGACAGACUCUUGAGGAGGCAAAAAAGAUAAAUAAGAGUCUGAGUGCCCUUGGGAUGGUUAUCAACUCUCUUACUGACGGCAAAUCGACUCAUAUUCCGUAUCGAGACUCUAAGCUCACCCGAAUAUUACAGGAAUCGCUUGGGGGAAAUUCAAGAACGACUCUCAUCAUCAAUUGUUCGCCGAGCAAGUACAACGACCAGGAGACUCUGAGUACAUUGAGAUUUGGAGUCAGGGCGAAAGCCAUAAAAAACAAGGCGAAGAUUAAUGCGGAGCUAAGCCCCUUGGAGCUCAAGCAGCUGCUUAAGAAGGCGCAGAGUCAAGUCACUACUUACGAGAAUUAUAUCACAACUUUAGAAAGUGAGGUCCAUUUGUGGCGGAAUGGUGAAUCGGUUGCGAAGGAGAGAUGGGCUGCACCAUUGAGUGCAGGGAAUCGCGCAGGAGUGAGAUCCGAGACUGCUACAGCACGUCCAAGCACGCCAUCUCGAAUUCAGGAAGUAUCGCGCUCUGAAACACCGAGUCGAUCGGAAUCUAGGAUUGGUGACCGAUCCAGUACACCAAGUAUCGUUCUUGAAAAGGAUGAACGGGAAGAAUUCCUCCGAAGAGAAAACGAGCUUCAGGACCAUGUUACAGAAAGGGAGACGGCACUUUCGACCGCUGAGCAGGAGCUCCGGCAGGCAAAAGAUGAAUUGCAGAAGAUGAAAGAGAAUGGCCUUCGGUCUGGUAAAACAAACGAAAAACUUGCUUCUGAGGUCAAUGAGUUGAAGAUGCAGCUGGAACGAAUCGCUUUCGAAGGCAAAGAAGCUUCCAUAACGAUGGACGGCUUGAAGGAGGCGAACACGGAAUUGACGACUGAGCUCGAUGAGGUCAAACAGCAGCUCCUCGACACGAGGAUGAGUGCUAAAGAGACCAACGCUGUAUUGGACGAGAAAGAAAGAAAGAAAUCUGAGCGAAUGGCACAGAUGAUGGCUGGAUUCGAUCUCGACGGAGCCAUCGUUUCUGAAAAUGAAGCUACCAUGAGGCAAUGCGUUGACCAGAUCAAAAGGUGGCAGCAGUACAGCCGAGAAGACGAGGUGUUAUCGCUCGAAGAGCUAGGAGAUCUAGAGGAUAAACUUCUGGAACUACAAGGCGUCGUUCGACGAGCGGAUCUUACUUGUAUACCGGGCGAUCCUGCUGAACGUAGCAGACAGGAUGGUCUUGAAGCGCGGAUGACUGAAAUGGCAGAAGAUUACGAGAAGCUCCUUGAAAGCAAGCUUUCCAAUUCUGACCUUGAGGAAGUGAAGAAAAGGCUUUCAGACGUGUAUGUAGGCCAGAAAGAAAGGCAGUCCAAGCUUCUCAAAGAUCUUCGGGAAGAUUUGGCGCGCAAAGAUGAAGAGAACCACCGCCUCCGAAUCAACAUCGAAGAUCACAGACGUGAUCCCAUAUUGGUGAAUGGGGACGCUUCGCCUACGAUAUCUACCAAAACACCCCAACAGCAGAUAGCCGACUUCGACCAGAUGAAAAAGUCUCUCAUGCGAGACUUGCAAAAUCGCUGCGAACGUGUUGUGGAGCUCGAGAUGAGCUUGGACGAGACUAGAGAGCAAUACAAUAACGUUCUACGAUCGUCUAAUAACAGAGCACAGCAGAAGAAAAUGGCAUUCCUGGAGAGGAACUUAGAGCAGCUUACUCAUGUACAGCGGCAGCUCGUCGAGCAAAACAAUAGCUUGAAGAAGGAAGUUGCCAUCGCCGAGCGUAAGCUGAUGGCCAGAAACGAGCGCAUAUCUAGCCUGGAGACAUUGCUGUCUGAUAGUCAAGAAAAGUUGACAACAGCAAACCACAGAUUCGAGGCUCAGUUGACAGCGGUGAAGGAGCGCCUUGAGGCCGCUAAAGUUGGCUCGACACGCGGUCUCAACUCCCAGAUGUCAACUACACCAGGCUUCAAUUUUGGCGGAGCAGGGUCUCGGAUUGCGAAGCCGCUGAGAGGAGGCGGUGGGACUGAGCUGAGCGGCGGAGGACCUAACAUACCAGUUCUAAAUGGACUACAGGCCCAGGCGGCGAAUGGGAGUCCGAAGCGGAGUAGCUGGUUCUUCUCAGAUCGAAGAUGA